UUCUGUGUUCUACAAAAGCGUAUAGCAAUCAAUUGACUCUCGGGAACAGGCUUCUAAAGCAUUUUGCUGCAUGGAUCUUGGGCCCCAAAAUUGUACAUGGAUGCACCAGGGAAGCAACUCCAAAGCAGACAUGUGUUAGUGCCCCUCAUUGUCCAAGUGGUUCCUCAAAGCCUCUCUGGUGUUAAUAGCAGCCCUCUGGGCUCUUCUGACAGCCCUAGCAUCUGGCUGUUCAAACUGUGCAGCCAAGCGCUCUGCCUCAGUGCUCCACACCCGAGCAAACAUUUCACCCUUAGAUUCACACAGAUUAUGCAGAGUGCGGCACGUGGCUAUGACCACAGGAAUAUUAUCCUUGGUAAGGUCUAGCCUGCCAUUGAGAUACCUCCAGGGAGCUUUCAAACGGCCAAAGGCACAUUUGACUAUCAUGCGGCACCUGCUCAGCCUGUUGUUAAAAUGCUCCUUGCUGCUGUCCAGGUGCCUUGUGUAAGGUUUCAUGAGCCAGGGCUGUAAGGGGUACGCCGGGUCUCCCAGGAUUACUAUGGGCAUUUCCACAUCCCCCACUGUGAUCUUGUGGUCUGGAAAGAAAGUCCCCACCUGCAGCUUUCUGUACAGGCCACUGUUCCUGAAGAUGCAUGCGCCAUGCACCUUUCCAGACCAGCCUGCAUUGAUGUCUGUGAAAUGUCCCCACUGAUCCACAAGCACCUGCAACACCAUGGAGAAGUAUUUUGAUGUAUUUUGAGGCAAGAUGAUCUGGCGCUAAAAUUGGAAUGUGUGUGCCAUCAGUUGCCCCACCACAGUUAGGGAAACCCAUCUCUGCAAAGGCAUCACUAUUUCAUGCACAUUUCCCAGAGUCACGGUCCUCCUCAGCAGGAUGUGAUUUAUUGCCCUGCACACUUGGAGUAAUACAGCCCCAACAGUGGACUUUCCCACUCCAAAUUGAUUUGCAACUGACCAGUAGCAGUCUGGAUUUGCCAGCUUCCACACAGCGAUUGCAACAUGCUUCUCCACCAAAGGGGCAGCUCUCAUUCUGGUGUCCUUGCGCCACAGGUCGGGGGCCAGCUCAGCACAUACCCUGUUUCCCCGAAAAUAAGACAGUGUCUUAUAUUAAUUUUUGCUCCCAAAGAUGCGCUAGGUCUUAUUUUCAGGGGAUGUCUUAUUUUUCAGAAAUGAAAAAUGCCUUAUUAUCGGUGGAUGCCUUAUUAUCGGGGAGGUCUUAUUAUCGGGGGGAUGCCUUAUAUUACAACGAGAGGCAAAACUGUAAGUAGGCCUUAUUUUCGGAGGAUGUCUUAUUUUCGGGGAAACAGGGUAGCUCCAUGAAGGUUGCUUUACGCAUCCUAAAGUUCUGUACCCACUGGUCAUCAUCCCACACCUGCAUGACAACGCGAUCUCACCAAUAAGUACUUGUUUCCCUAGACCAAAAGCGACAGUCUACCAUAUGCAGCUGCUCUGUGAAUACCAAAAGCACUGAUAAGUUGCUGCUGUCACACUUGGCUGCCUGCGAUUCAUCCUCUGUCAGUAACUUUGCGAAUAACUCUGCUGCCAUGUGCGAUGUCCUCAUGACAGUUAACAGCACAUAGGAGAGAAGUGUGAGAUCCAUCCUCUCUCACUGCAAAUGCUGGCGUGCACUACUGAUUGACAGUUGGAAAAACGGCAUGAAAGGAAAGCCAGAACGGCGUGAAAGGAAGCCAGGAACCAUUGGAGGGCUGGGACACAAAGUGGUGCAUGAUGGGACAUUUUGCAUGUCCCAGGAUCUGCCGCACUCCGUUUCUGCCUUCCCACAACACCUACCGACAAAUGGUGUCACCAGGCACUAUGGGAUACAUAUCCACAGUGCAUUACUCGUGCUGUCGACAAUGGUGCCCCGAAUGUGGACACGACCUAUCGACAGAGGGAGCAAAUGUAGACUCGCUUUGGCGACUUUGCUUUUGUCGAUUUUUUUCGUGUCGACAUUAGUUUCAUCGACAAAACUUACCAAUGUAGAGAAGCCCUUAAAUUCUUCCUACUGCACCUUUUUCAUAUAAAAUUUACCUUCCACCCCAGGAGAAUGACUUCCUCCCUGAAGGCUGCUGCUGAGCACAGCUGAGAAGCAAAUGUAGCGGGGAGAGCUAAGAGUCUUGUAUCUGAAGGUGGCAGGAUUGGGAAAGAUGCUGCUGUAACAGGAUUACUGCUGUCUGUUCAGUGAGGUUAAUAUUUGACAAGGGACAAAUUACCUGGCUAAAACAUCAUCCCUCCUAAAAAGCCUCAUCACAAUCGCACACACUGCUCCUUCCCAAAUCCAUCAGUCAUUCCAGCCCAGUAUCUCUCCUUCAGCAAUACUUUCCCUUCACCAGCACUACAUGGAGAUUCUUCAUGAUGCCUCCCAUAGCUUCCAGUUGAUAGUAGCAGAAUGUGGGGCGUGCUGCAGCCUCUGCUAGCAGCAAUAUAUUACAUGCGGGAAUGUCUUCCUGGAUAAUUUGGCAGAUGGGGAGCAUGGUCUUGGUAUUUAGCUGGGCGAUAGGGCCCCCUUCGGCUCUUGAAGCAGGCAGAACUCCCCUAGUUCGGUGGGGCAUAGUUUCCUUAGGCUGGUUGAUGAGGAAGGAGGCCCGUGCUCCAUCCCAGUAGCAACUCUUCAGACCCCAGGCCUGCAGAAAUCAGCCCAGAAGGAGGCAGGCCGGCUACCACACCCACAGAAUUUUCCACUUGCUGCACUAGGGGUUUCAAUUGCCAAGCAACACAGAGCAGAUGCAGAUCCUCUCCAGUGGCAGACAUGAGGGUGGAAAAGGUAGUGCCUGCCCCGGCCGAACUCCAGCACUGUGCCCACAUGGGGUGGGACUUGGGAGAGCCACGGCCAGCACCCUGAGCAGGCUGGAAGCACAUUCACGAGGUGAUCAGCAGCUGGGAGCAGCAACCUUGGUAGGACAGUCCUUGCUAGGCACCCCCUGCAGCCUCCCCGUGCCUCUCACUGCACUGCCUACUGUAUUUUCCACUCCGUGCAUCUGAUGAAGUGGGUUUUAGCCCACGAAAGCUUAUGCCCAAUACAUGUUUUAGUUUAGAAGGGGCCACAAGGACUCCCGGUUGCUUUCAUUGCAGAGACUGGCCGCUACCAGCCUGGCCCCAGCCGCCCCCAGCUACAGGGGGCGCGACGUUACUCUGGGUACCGCAGCUGCAGAGUAGACACGCGACAAGGCAGCCCCGCCCCCACACCACGCACCACAGCCGGGAAGGGGCGGGGCUCUUCUCCGUCCCCGCCCUUCUGAGACAGGAAAAGGGGGCGGGGCUGCCCGGCGGGGGCUCCUCUUUGUCCCCUCCCUUCGGGGGAGGGCGGGGCUCUGCCCGUUAGGGCCCCGCGCGUGCGUGUCGCUUCCGGUGCUGGUCGCGGGCGGGCGGUUUGAAGGCGGGGGAUGGCGGGCGCGGGGCUGGACGCGUCGCUGUCGCUGCUGGAGGCGGAGAGCAGUCACGGGGCGGCGGCGGGGGGCCCGGAGGAGCAGGAGGAGCUGCCCAUGGUGUUCCUGUGCGCCGGCUGCAAGCGGCCUGUGGGGGACACGCUGGGCUGGGUGGCCAACGACGAGGAGACCGGCUGCGUCCUGCUGCGCAGCGCCUCCCCCAACGUCUCGGUGGAGAAGGAGCAGAAACUCUCCAGCCGGCCCGGCGAGUGCGGAUGCAUGAUUGAAACUUUAUUCUGCUCUGGCUGUUCAAUGACCCUUGGGAACAUCUACAGAUGCACCCCAAAACAUCUUGACUAUAAGCGAGACUUAUUUUGCUUCAGUGUUGACUCUAUUGAAAGUUACAUCCUAGGAUCCUCAGAAAAACAAGCUGUAACUGAUGAUGAACCUUUAACUCUUGAAAGUCGAGCUGGCUUAGAAGAGGCAAUAGAAAGGGCAGAAACCAUACUGAAAGCACUGGAGGCAAGACUGUCUGUAGUUGAAUCAAGUUUUGCAUCACGUCAUAACAGCUGAAAGAAACUUCACAUAUGUAGCUUAUUACUGGGAACACUUCAUGGAAAGCUUGCUUUCAGAAUCUUCAGAAUCUGUUGGAGUGCUGCAAAAGCCUUCCAGUGAAUAGCACAAAAACUUCAUCAGUCUUUCUAAUGGAAUAAAACACUGACUUGUGGGAUGAUGUAUGUAAAAUUAAAAUAUUCCCUUCUGCUGACAUCCAUGCUACCUUUAUAUUUGGGGUGUGUGUGUGUGUGUGUAUAUAUAUAUAUAUAUAU